AAAAGGAUUGUGCGAUAACGGACGAAUUUUUUCGAUUUCCGUUCGUAUGUUGUCGUCUGCGAUUUUCUUCCGGCCGGAACUUUCGAUGUGUCGUAUAAUCAUCACUCCCAUCACUCCCAUUUACCUCAUAAAUUUGUUUCAAACAAACGAAAACGGUUGCACGUUCAUCCCGCACGUUUGGUCGUUGUCUCCGGUGGUUGUUCCUAAACAAUUAUCUUUUCCGUUAAAGACACUUCAAGAAAUGAUCUGAACGAGUAUGAAAUCCGUGAAGGAAUGUUAAAGCAUGGAUUGAAAGAAGUUCCAUUGACUGAUUCUACUCGUCCUGUAAUCAGUAAUAUCUUAAGAAAAAAAAAGUGACUUUAUAUUAAGCACAUAAACAACAAAAUGACUGAUACAUUUAAUGAUUUUUUACCAGAAGACGAUGACAUAUUGGCUUCCAUAUUAGAAGAGAGUUUAAGACAUUAUAACGAUGUGGAAGUACCUCUACAAUCUAUCAAUUUGAAUCCUGUACCUGGACCUAGUGCUACUUUGGAUCCUGUACCUAGAUCUAGUAAAAAUUUAAAAGACGUCAGUACAACAGUAAUAGAUUUAUGUGAAUCACCCAAGAAAUGUCAAACUGUCCAAAGCAGACUAUCACAUUUCUUUAGAAAACCUGAUAGAGAUAAAAUAUGUGAUAGAGAAACAGAUGAUCAAAAUCAAGAAAAACAAAAAAAUCAAAUCGAACAUAUAGAUCUAAGUUCUUCACCUGAACACAAUGAGAGCUUUAGUAGUUUACCAGCUAUUUUUUACAAAAAACCAGAUGCAGAUGGGUUUCAUUUAUCAUCUGGUUCACAUUAUGUGUAUCCAUCAAAUUUUCCAGUCAGGGAGUAUCAAAUGGAAAUUAUUAAGACCGCUUUAUUUCAUAAUACUCUUGUUAGCUUGCCUACUGGUUUGGGGAAAACAUUCAUAGCAGCUGUGGUCAUGUAUAAUUUUUACCGAUGGUAUCCUAUGGGUAAAGUAGUAUUCAUGGCUCCAACGAGACCAUUAGUUGCCCAGCAAAUUGAAGCUUGUUACUCGAUAAUGGGUAUUCCUAGAGAUGUAACAUUUGAAAUGACUGGCAACAUACCACCUGAACAAAGGUACUUGGCUUGGAAGAAGUACAGAGUGUUUUUUCUAACACCUCAAGUUUUAGCUAAUGACUUAAACCUCGGUAAAUGCCCAUCAGAAAUGUUAAAAUGUAUUAUUGUAGAUGAAGCACACCGUGCUACCAAAGAUUACGCUUAUGUUCAGGUAUUAAAACGUUUACACGAAGAAAAUCGAAUUAUAAGAAUAGUUGGAUUAUCAGCUACUCCAGGUACGACUGUAGAAACAGUCGCUGAAGUGAUACAAAAUUUAAAUAUAUCAAGGUUGGAGUUUAGAACUGACGAGUCUCUAGAUGUAGCAAGAUAUACAAAUAAAAAAAAUAUUGAGUGUAUACCAGUUAAACUUACCAAUGCCAUAUUGAAUGUACGAUCUCAAUUUUUAGUUAUUUAUGAUAAAUUCUCAAGACGUUUAAAACAAUAUCAUGCACUUAGUGGAAAUGUUACUAAUCUAGCAAAAUUUCAAAUACUUGGUGCCAAACAAAAAUUUUUAACAAGUAAUGUUGCUCGUGAAAUGCCAAAAGCUCUUGUUGGUUGUUUAAUAAAUGAUUUUACAAUAUGCAUGUCGUUGGCAUAUGCUUUAGAAUUAUUGACUAUUUAUGGUAUCAAAGUAUUUUAUUUACAGUCAUUAGAAAUUUGUGAAAAUCAUAAAUGUUUAUCAAAUGAUGCAGAUUUUCAAAAAAUGUUAACUAAUAUAAAUAAAGAAUUAAAUUGUCAAGACUUGACUUGGAGUCACCCUAAGCUGGUUGAGCUGAAAAAAAUUGUUCAAGACUAUUUCGGAAAUGAGAAUACUGAAUCAAACAGCAAGAUAAUAAUAUUCUGCCAGUAUCGGUUGGUUGUGGUAGAAGUGUUUGAGCUUUUAAAAACAUUCAGUUCAUCUGUGAAACCUGUCAUGUUUGUUGGACAAUCUUUAAAAGAAAAAGGAGGUCUACCUCAGAAAAAACAACUGGAGGUUAUGAGCCGAUUUAAAAGUGGUGAUUUCAAUGUUUUAAUUGCUACUAGUGUUGCUGAAGAAGGCUUGGAUAUCGGAGAGGUUGAUUUAAUAAUUUGUUUAGAAGCGAACAAGUCUCCAAUUAAAUUUGUUCAAAGACUUGGUCGUACUGGUCGAAAACGAUCAGGAAAGUGUGUUACUUUACUUACUGAGGGCAAAGAACAAAUGAAAUACAAUUCUAGUGUUGCUUCCAGUAAAACACUUGUAAUCAAAAUGUUGAAAAAUAAAUCAAUACUUUCUAAACUGGCUCAAGGAGGACCAAGAUUGAUACCAAAACAUAUCAAUCCAAAAUGUUUAAUGAUACAUGUGAAAAAAACUGAAGAGAUUUUGCCGGCAAUUAAAAAAGGUAAAGGGAAGAAAAAAUCGGAGGCUAAUAAUAUAAUGAAACACAUAGAGAUGAACGGUGCGCAGAACCAAGAAGAAGAAGACGGACUCGAUGUUUUUCAAAAUUGUUAUGAUAAAUCUAAAAGAAAGUCAAAAAAACGAAAAACGGUCGAAUUAGAAUCAAACGAUAUAAAAGAAGUUGAAUGCCCUGUCGAAAAUAAUAACGCGGAUUUAAUUUCAACUGAUUUUGAUUUUAUCGCUGAAAAAAAUGAUGUCCGUGUUGAGGACGAGCGUAGUGAAGUGGUUAUUGAUUUGGAUUAUUUUUCCGAAGAGGAAAAAGCUUUUAACGAAUGGCUACAGUCAUGCGAGCAGACGGAUUCCGUUGUGAUGAACGACCGAUUUUUUAAGCUGUUAAAUUUAUUUACCGACUGUGCUACGUCCAAAAUUAACGGCAGUGAAAGCGAAGUUUUUAAAUGCAAUAUCGACGGUGAAAUGGGAAACUUCGACACCGAAGAGUUGUUCGACAGCCAAACAAAUGCGGUAACGUGCAACGGAGACCGCGCGAAUACGAGUUACGCAAACGAAUUAUGGCGAAAUACUGGCGCGCAACUAAGUCCGGCGACAACGUGCAGCCGAAACAGAACGGAAGACAAUAAUGUUGCCUCGGAAAGUGUGCCGAAUAGAAAACGAGUCCACGACGAAUGCGAAUCAGAAAGCGAUAACGAAGACAUAUUCAAAAGCCAUCGUUUCAAAGGGCGUCACGACGAUCCGACCGAUAUGAAAAAUUCGAUACGAACGAGUUCUAUGGCUUGCGGUAGUUUUCCGAACACGGGAUCCGCAGUGGAACUGGGCGAAGACGAGAGAAAAAUCGAUUUUAACGCAUUGUUUGAAAACUCAAGCGCCGACGUCGAAGACGAUGACGCCGGUGAACCGCAGUUUUUCCGAUCGGCCGGACAAAAUUUGAGGCCGGACGCGGUCGGAACGACGGUCGGCCGAGACGACGCGGACGUUAUGGGAUCCAACGGAAGCGAAGACGACUUUGCGGUAGAAGACGUAAACUUCGAAGACAUGUUCAAGAGUCAGAGGGCUGAUAGAUACAUCGAGAAGUACAACGAUGAGAUCGUCGGGGAACGGUUGGACGACGAUUCCGACGGAUGGACGUGCGAUGAUCGAGCGAGCCCUGUACAAAUGCUCAGCCGACCGGGCGGAACCGAAGACGGCGGAACCGAGGACGGCGGUACCGAGGUUGGUGGAACCGAGGACGGCGGACGUGUGGUUAGACGGUCGGCAGACGGGCUGAACACGCCGCCGGGAAGCGCGCGGUAUUUGGAGGGGACGUCAAGCGCGGGCGGACGACCGGAGGACGCGGAAAAGACUACGGAAAACGUGGACGACGACGACGACGCGAUCUCGACGGACGAUUCUCUCGAGUUUUUCAGCUGGCGGAAGCCGACGAAACGCGACCGGACCGAAGUGGCCGACAGUUCCCGCGCACCCGUCAUGCGCGCCGUCGACAUGUCCACGCCACCCUGUUCGCAACCACGCGUCGUGGUGGACGCCGGAAAAGUCCGCGAUGAUGGUCCACUGCCGUCGCCCCGCGGAAACCACGACCACGACGACGACAUGGAUUUCAUGUUCGUCGACUACCGCGGCGACGGCACUACCGAAGCGAACGCGAAAGCACCGGCUGAUCCACCACGUCGGGCGGACGAGAAACCAGCCGCGGAAACGGCGCGGCCCUACGGCAGUGGGUCGGUCCCGUUGAACAUACUGAAAGCGUGCAACCUGUUCAAGCCAGGCAUCAGCCUGAAGAUGAGCACGGCCUCGUCCAAGCGACCUCGACCACCACCGGACGCCGUCGUCGUCGGACCGCCGCGGACGGCCGCCGAUCACGCGUCGGCCGCGCGACGCUCCGUCGACGAUAUGUCGCCCAUAAACCCGCCGAACCGUCGGCAUUUGCCGCCCCGGUUCUCGCAGUCCACUCCCAAAGUGGCCGCGGCGCGGUUGAGACCGUCACCGGGAAUCGCUGCCGCCGACACGGUCGACCUGUUGUCUUCCAGUAGCGAUUCGGAUGUCUUCGUCCACGAAGAUGGCGGUGGCCGUGACGAGACGCCGACUUCUCGGCGUCGUAGUAAUGCUCGGAGAAGACGGCGGCGGCGCAAGCCGAAAAAGAAACUUGUGUUCAUCGACGACGAAGCUGAUGUCAGUUAUUUCAAUGACUCAACUGCAACCGCUGCGACGACGGCACCCAAGAUCAGUAGCAGUGACUCCGAGUCGUCCGAAAACGACAAUGACGAUGAUUUCGAUUCCAGUUUUAUCGACGACGACGAGGAAAAGUCCGAACCGUCGACUAGCAUAACGAAGCAGUAUUUGCGAUCAGUAAAAAGCCCGACACAUGUUCGUGGAGUUUUCAAGAUACCACAGUUGACGAGACAUCAUUACAACAUGGACGUUUACUCUCAAGCCGUCGACAGAAACGAUCAUAACAGUUACGAAGAGGAUUCGUUUUGCGUGAAGGACGAGUCGGAUUUAUCGUCCAACACGAGUGCACAACAAACGUCGGAGAAACGCCCGUGCAAGCCGCUGAAACGAAAACGCAUAGUGUCGCCGCAAAGUUCAGACAGCGAUAGUCCUAAUCAGUUCCACAUGAAUAUGAUGCGAAAGCGGUCCAGGGCCAAAGCGGCGUUGGACUUCAGUUAACGACGGAAUCGCAUUUUGUUCCGUUCGAUUUUCAUUCGCUAUUGAAUCAUUAUUUUUUAUACCAUUACAUUUGCGCAGUACCUGUGACAAACCUAAUUCUCGUUUGCUCAGUGUUGUUGACCGUUAACGAACAGAUUUUGGAUGUCAGAAUCUACCAUUUAUGUAUUGAACGGUUAUGUGUUAUAAUUACAUUUUGUACGUGUCAAACCCGUGUAAACAUUGAUUUUUUUUUGAUUUUUUUCGAUGUUAACAUGAUGCGUAUGCCAUAUUUUUAUUUUUUAAUAAUUAUAAGUUUGAAUGUACUGAUCAAUGUGAUAUUCAAAAUGUUAUAAUCUACCUGUAAAAUCAAAUGUGAUAGUAAAAUUAAUAAAUGUAACGGUCUUUUUUUUUUUUUAAACAUUUGUUGAUUGUUAAAAUGUUAAGGCCUACAUUAGGGACUGAUCCAGAAAUGUUUCACUUGGGGAAGGGACCACAUAGUUAGAUAUACAAAUGUAGGAUACAUAAGUUGUAGACCUAAGACACAACAAGAAGUAUAAUUAUAUCCAAAUUAGGCUAAAAAACGUUUAACUAUUUUUAAUUUUAAAAUCUUGAAAUACUAACCCACCUAGUCGAAUAAUAUUACAUUUAGGAAAUAUCUAACUAUUAAAACUUUAAAUGCUAGUUUUGUCAGCGCCGAAAUCAUUUAAUGAUACAUUAAAUGAUUUCGGCGCUGACACGACAUUUCCGACGCGUGCCUCAGUUAAAUAUGAAUAAUAAGAAGUGUUUUUUUUUUCUGAUCACAAAUCUGUCCACAACAGACGCUUAUUACGUCACAGCAGUGGCGUCCACAGGCUUUCCAUGAACUAGUGCAAUUAUAAUUAUAGGGCCCCCAAAUUUAUUUUGGUCUACAUCCAAACGACCAUAUUCGUUUGAUUGAAAUAAUUUGUUUUCCAAAUGUAUUUUCAAAUGCAUGCUUACAGUGCCGCAACUAAAAUUUUGAGGCCCAGGUGGAAACUAAUUUUAGAGG